AUGGCCGAGGACACCUCGGCUCAGGACUACGUCCGCGUCAAGCGGCGAAACACCAUCAUCUUUCUGUACGUCCAGCUCUCCGACACCGCCUCCGACCUGCGCCAAAAGCUGAGCGCCAUCAGCAAGGUUGACGCGGCCGAGAUGAAGCUCUUCCUCGACAAGAAUGGCGACGUGCCGCUCGACGAAAAGAAGAGCCUCGCCGACCAAAAGGCGCGCCCGCUCCCAGGCCGAGCGUCCACGCAGUGUCGCACCCUAGCAGUGCCGCCACCCGCCUCCGCUGCCGACCCCGACGGCGCGCCUCUGCGGGCGGCGCAGGUCGAAAACGACCAGGAGAUCUUCCUCGUGGGGGCGCCGGAGGAGGGCGCGUGA